AUGGACAGAGCAGCGCUCCUGGGACUGUCCCGCCUGUGCGCGCUGUGGGCAGCCCUGCUCGCGCUGUUCCCCUGCGGAGCCCAAGGAAACUGGAUGUGGUUGGGCAUCGCCUCCUUUGGGGUUCCGGAGAAGCUGGGUUGUGCCAACUUGCCGCUGAACAGCCGCCAGAAGGAGCUGUGCAAGAGGAAACCGUACCUGCUGCCGAGCAUCUGCGAGGGCGCCCGGCUGGGCAUUCAGGAGUGCAGGAGCCAGUUCAGAUACGAGAGAUGGAACUGCCUGGCGGCCGCCGCCGCCCCGCCGGACACCAGCCCUCUCUUUGGCUACGAGCUGAGCAGCGGCACCAAGGAAACAGCAUUUAUUUAUGCUGUGAUGGCUGCAGGCCUGGUGCAUUCUGUGACCAGGUCAUGCAGUGCAGGCAACAUGACCGAGUGUUCCUGUGACACCACCUUGCAGAACGGCGGCUCAGCAAGUGAAGGCUGGCACUGGGGGGGCUGCUCUGAUGAUGUCCAGUAUGGCAUGUGGUUCAGCAGAAAGUUCCUAGAUUUCCCCCUCAGAAACACCACGGGAAAAGAAAGCAAAGUACUGUUAGCAAUGAACCUACAUAACAAUGAAGCUGGAAGGCAGGCUGUCGCCAAGUUGAUGUCAUUAGACUGCCGGUGUCACGGAGUUUCCGGCUCCUGUGCUGUGAAAACAUGCUGGAAAACCAUGUCUUCUUUCGAAAAGAUUGGCCGUCUGUUGAAGGAUAAAUAUGAAAACAGUGUCCAAAUCUCAGACAAAAUAAAGAAGAAAAUGCACAGGAAAGAGAAAGAUCAGAGGAAAAUACCGAUCCACAAGGAUGAUCUGCUCUACAUUAAUAAGUCUCCCAAUUACUGUGUAGAGGACAAGAAACUCGGGAUCCCAGGGACCCAAGGCAGAGAGUGCAACCGCACAUCAGAGGGCGCAGACGGCUGCAACCUCCUCUGCUGCGGCAGGGGCUACAACACGCACGUGGUCAGGCACGUGGAGCGAUGCGAGUGCAAGUUUAUCUGGUGCUGCUAUGUCCGCUGCAGGAGGUGUGAAAGCAUGACUGAUGUCCACACUUGCAAGUAA